CGAAGCCGGCGAUCCUGUCACACGCCAUGGCCGCAGCUGAGCGGGACCCUCCCCAGGAAGAAGAAGAAAGGGAGGAAGAGGAAGAGGAAGAGGAAGGAGAGGGGGGGCCCGAAGGCUCCCGGCCCCGCCCCCCAAAGUUGGGGAGUCCCCCCGAGGGAGAUGGGUGCCCCCCGCCGAAGCGGGUGGUACCGGGGGUGCUCUACCUCUCCUUCAUCCCCCCGGGGUUCGGCCCCCGCCAGGCCCGGGCGCUGCUGGGCACCCACGGGGAGCUGGGGCGCGUCUUCUUCCAGCCGCAGGACGGCCGGGUGAGGAAGCGCCGGCGCCGCCCGGCUCCUUCCUCCUCCUCCUCUUCCUCCUUCGCGGAAGCCUGGGUGGAAUUCCGGGACAAACGAGCGGCCAAACGAGCGGCCGCCAUCUUACACGGCACCCCCAUGGCGCCCCGCCCCCGCAGCCCCUUCCGGCACCAUCGCUGGAGCCUCAAGUACCUCCCCGGUUUCCGCUGGCCGCACCUCAGCGAGCGCCUGGCCUACGAGCGACACGUGCGGGGCCAGCGCCUGCGGGCCGAGGUGGCCCAGGCCAAGCGGGAGGGCAACUUCUUCACCCGCCGCGCCCCCCAAAAAAGAGGGGACCCCCCCCCGCCCCCCCGCACCUGGGGUUUCGCCCAACGCCCCACCGAGACGGAGAUUUGGGGGCGCAAAACGCGGCCCCCUCCCCCCGCGCCUCCUCGCCGGCUGCUGGAGAAAGUUUUUGGGGGGGGCGACCCUUCGCCCCGAACCCCCCCUCCCCAAAAUCCCCGCGUUUCUCCUUAAAACUUUUUAUUACGUUAAAAAAAAUAUGUUCCUCGCGGGCUCUUUAAUUCGGGGGGGGGGGGAAGGGGCGGGGCUAGAGGGGGAGGGGGCGUGGCCUCGGGAAGGGGGCGUGGCCUCGGGGUGGGCGGGGCUAUGGCUUGGGCACGAAGCUCCCUGAAGGUUUAAGGGGUGGGCGUGGCCUGGAGGGGUGGGCGUGGCUUCCGCUCCCACGUGACCCGUUUAAUGCGCGCAUGCGCCGUUCCACACCCCCCCCCGUG